CCGGGUGACGUCACGCCGCGGUGACGCCAUCGCCCCGUCGCCGCGCGCCCGGCGCCGCCAUGUUCAAGGUAAUCCGGCUGGGGGCCGCCCCUGUCAGCCUGGGCUUGCUCUCUGUCCAGGUUUAUGCUGCUUCCUCAGAGAAGGCUUCCAAGAAGGAGUCGCUGAAAAUUGAGGAGCUGUCACUGUACUCCUCCCCAGCUCGUGAGACGAAAUAUGUGGAGAAUCCCAAAACAGAAUUGGAGGAGGGGGUUUCCCGUUUGCGGCAGGUUUUGGAGCCAUACACAGCCUGGUGUCAGGAUCUUUAUGCCAAAGCUGUGCCCAAGUUAGAAAAAGCUGUUGAGCAUGGUAGAGAGGGCUAUGAAUUUCUCCAAAAACCUCCUGCUGGAUUUUAUCCACGGCUUGGUGUGAUAAGUUUUGCUGGAAUUAUUGGAUUGUUUCUUGCUAGAGGCUCAAAAAUAAAGAAGUUGGUGUAUCCUGCAGCUCUCAUGGGUAUGGGUACCUCCAUGUAUUACCCUCAGGAAGCAGUUGCUAUUGCAAAGGUUGCUGGCACACAGCUGUAUGAAUGGAGUCUUCAAGGAUAUAUUGCUGUAGAAGCUCUUUGGAAGGAUACUCCUAAGAAGAAGAAAUCAGGGGAAAAAGGUGAUAAGGGUGAUGCAGUGGGUGACAAGCCCCUGGAAGUCCAUGCUGCUUCAAAUAAAGAGCAGACCCAGAAGUAGAAUGCUACAUCACCUGGCAUCAAGCAGGUGAAUAAAAAUAUAGAUAUGAGCAACACUUUCCCAAGAAAAAGAUGAAAACCACCUGAAUCCAUUUUGAAUGUGACUAAUCUGCCUUCUGCCUCAGGACAGUCUGGUGAUCUGCUGCUCGGGCUGCUGCUGUGAAAGGACACCCCAUGUGUUGGGUCAGUCCUGAGACUCUGUCCUCUGUUCUGCAGUGGCACUCAAGGCUGCCCAUGCUUGUCCCAUUGCAGGAUCAACAUUGCAAGUAGCGAGUCUCAAAAUCCCUCCGUCUCUUUAUUAUUUAUAUAUAAAAUAAAAUUCCAGUUACAGAAAAUGUCUGGUUUUUCCCCUUCUCCUGUCUUCUUUAAACUCACGGAUGUAAUGUUUGCACAAUCUGAGAGGUUCUCUGGGUGCUGUUGACAGUGCCUGUAUUUUUUACCAGCGAGGAAAGCUGACAGUAGUAGGAUGUUUUGGCUACCAGGAGCUCACAGAAUUGGGAAUGGGAACAAUUACAAUGCCUCUUGUGUUUUGUCUGAGUCCCCCCCUCCUUUCUAUACACGUCCUCUGCCUCAUCAGUGCCAGCAGGAGGUGUGUAAUGAAGCAUCUGUGAGUUCCUGUCUGCUGGAUGGAUGGGAAUGGAGCUGUUAAUGCUUGUUCUUGUUUUUGCUUGAAUGAGCAGCACAAUGGGAACCAGAACAUCAACGUGGUGGGAACCAGCUAUAGAAUAACUUGGCUGUUUCCUUAUUCCCACCCAGGGGAGGGGAGGGGAGGAAAAAGUGAUGUGGAGGGAAAUACAAAAGGAUUUCCAGCAUUUUGAAAUCUUUGCACAAUAAAACCCUUUCAUCAUUUGCUGUCA